CGCGCGCCUCGACCGGCGCUCUCCGCGCGCGCGCCGACGCCGAACCGCGCGAUGUCGUACCUGCUCCCGCACCUGCGCACGGGCUGGGCCGUCGACCAGGCGAUCCUCAACGAGGAGGACCGCGUCGUGGUCAUCCGGUUCGGCCACGACUACGACCCGGUCUGCAUGCAGAUGGACGAGGCCCUGUCGAAGAUCGUCGAGAAGGUGAAGAACUUCGCCGUCAUCUACCUCGUCGACAUCACGGAGGUGCCCGACUUCAACACCAUGUACGAGCUCUACGACCCGUGCACGGUCAUGAACUUCUUCCGGAACAAGCACAUCAUGAUCGACCUCGGCACGGGCAACAACAACAAAAUCAACUGGGCGCUCACGAACUCGCAGGAGCUCAUCGACCUCAUCGAGACCGUGUACCGCGGCGCGCGCAAGGGCCGGGGCCUCGUCGUCUCGCCCAAGGACUACUCGACGAAGUACCGGUAUUAGGCCGCGCGCGCGUCGCCUAAGGAGAAGCCGCCCCA